AUGCAGCUUCAAAAGAUGCGUACCACGCACGACUACCGCGCCGUGAACGUCCUCCUCGAGUCGCUGUCGGCGAACACACGGCUACGUGUACUCACAGCGACGCAGUUUGAGACGAAGGUGAAAGCUCACGAGUACGUGAAGUUCUAUCACGGCACAGUGAAGACCUCGCCCAAGGUAACGACCGUGCCUCCUGAGCUUCAAGUGGUGCUCAGAGAUUUUGCAGAUGUGUUUCCUAGCGAGCUUCCAUCCCGGCUACUGCCACAUCGGUCCAUCGAGCAUGAGGUGGUGUCGGAUUCACCGUGGGUGCGCAACAUUUUCGGCGGACCGAAUUAUGUUACAGGCAAGUUUUCAUCGAGACUAGAGUGGCUCCAUUCCAACAAUCCGCACAUGCCAAUUUGCUGGGUGAUCGACUCUCGGUUGAUCAAUGCGGUUUCAGACGUGGGCAAGAUACCUCCACCUCUUUUUGUGGAGCGUUGUGGCCGGAUGGAAGGUGCCAAGGUGUUCUCCACUCUGGACUUAGCCAGCGGUUACCAUCAGAUUUGGAUGGCACUGACGUCCAAGCGGCAUUGGCGUGGGUGCUCGCAAGGCGCGUGCGAUUGCGGGUUGGCCGGAACCCGAUCGCGCUUUGACGUCGUCACGGACAACUCGGCUUGUAAUUGGAUUUUGCAGCAUUCUCGGGUCUCUAGCCGACUUUCUCGUCGACUCAACUUCUUUGCCACCUUCUAUUUCAAGCUGCACCACCGUCCUGGGCCUCUCGGGUACCAACGGCAGACAUAA